GGGCGGCCGGGGAGACAGGCAGGGAGACGGCCGGGGAGGCCGGGCGGGGAGUCGAGGGAGGCCGAGUCGGGCUGUGGGUCUCGGCGGCCUGGGCCGCGGCGCCCGCCCGGAGUCCGCGCUCGAGUCGGGUCCGGGCCUCGGGUCGCCGCCGAGCCGGCCGGGCCGCCCCUUAUGUAACAGGCCCGCCGAGCUCUGCCCAGACGGGAACUCCCUGGAGCAGGGACGCGCCCCGACAUCGCCCAGGAGCCGCGCGGCCUGCGGCGGGCGGGCUUGAGACCCGGCACCGCAGCCUCCCGGGCGUUUGCGGGGAGACGCCUCGCGACGAACGCGAGGCUGCCCCGGGCCUUUUAAACGAGUGACCCGAUUGAAGCGCAGUUCACGGGCAACGCGGCCCUGGCGAGCGGGCGCGGGAGUUCUGAGACUCCUUAGCAGCAGGAGCCCCCCCGCGGGGUGCGGCCCCGUCCCCCGGAGAGCGCGGCCGUCCCGGGCUGGGUUGGAGGCGGUUGUGCAGUCCGUGGCGGCGGCGGAUGUUUGUGUUUGGCCCAGCGCCGUCCCGAGCGCUUCACACAACUUCGCACAACUCCGCGGCCGCGGCCCCGUGGCCUUGACGGGGAGGCCCGGCGCGGGGUCGGCCUCUCCCGGGGCGGGCGGUGGGAAGACGGCAGCGGCCGCCUUGUGGGCACAGCCUUCCCUGCUUUGGGCCCGCAGAGCUCUCCGGGAGGCCCUUCAGGGAAUUAUUCCUGCGGAAGCGACGGCUGUGCCCCCGCGGAUCCCUCCCGGUGGAAAUGCUUGUCCCGGCGCGGACAGAACCGGCCCAGGGGGAAGCGGAGAAGCGGAGAAGGGCGUGGGUCGCCCCGCGCUGCCGAGGGUCCCCUUUCCCUGGGCCCCAGUUGCGUGCUGAGAGCUGCGGUGGCCGUGAGGCCUUCGGUUCAGUUCUCCGCUUGGAGAAAGUGUUGAGAUGAAGAGCUUCGCGGCUCCCGGGGAGAGAGUGGGUUUCCGGGGGCUGCUUGUCGCUAGGGCGACUCAGGACUUUGCUGUCGAGGGGAAAAUUACAGGUUCGUUUCUGAUCUGGUGAGUAACCAACUGUUGCUUCUGCCCCACCUCAGCCAUGACGCGUGUCGCCGUCCCGGGUGCACUAGGGUGGCUCUCUGCAGGCUGUGGUGUCACCUCUGCAGGGCUCACAGGGCCGGCUGGGGGGUGGCUGUACUGACAGCUCUCCAGGAAUCCAGGGUUGAGUGGGCACCUGGAGGCCCGGGAGACGCAAGGGGUCUGAGGUUUGGCUGACCACAUUUUCUCUCCUGUCCUCUCUGUAGGUAAUUGCUAUCUAGUUUCAACAUACAAUGAGGAUUUCUGUCUGAUACAGAGAAGGAUACACAGUGGCUGGAGGGUCUGUCUUAAGAAGUGCCCUUGAAGUCGGCUGGGAUUUCCUUUCGGGACUCACGAGGGAAGCCUGCUCCCUGAGGGCUUUUUCUGAGGCCCAGUAGAUCAGGGUAAUCAUUACCAAAUGAGGAGGAAAGGACGAUGUCAUCGAGGCUCUGCAGCGAGGCAUCCUUCCUCCCCGUGCAGUGUUAAACACUCCCCCACGCGAGAAACGCUGACCUACGCUCAAGCUCAAAGGAUGGUAGAGAUAGAAAUUGAAGGGCGCUUGCACAGGAUCAGUAUUUUUGAUCCCCUGGAGAUCAUAUUAGAAGAUGACCUCACGGCUCAAGAGAUGAGUGAAUGCAACAGCAAUAAGGAAAACAGUGAGCGGCCCCCUGUCUGCUUAAGAACUAAGCGUCACAAAAACAACAGAGUCAAAAAGAAAAAUGAAGCCCUCCCCAGCGCCCACGGCGCGCCGGCCUCGGCCAGCGCCCUCCCAGAGCCCAAGGUGCGCAUCGUGGAGUACAGCCCUCCAUCCGCUCCCAGGAGGCCUCCGGUGUACUACAAGUUCAUCGAGAAGUCGGCCGAGGAACUGGACAACGAGGUGGAGUACGACAUGGACGAGGAGGACUACGCCUGGCUGGAGAUCGUCAACGAGAAGCGCAAGGGUGACUGCGUCCCUGCCGUGUCGCAGAGCAUGUUUGAGUUCCUGAUGGACCGCUUUGAGAAGGAGUCGCACUGCGAGAACCAGAAGCAGGGCGAGCAGCAGUCUCUGAUCGAUGAGGACGCCGUGUGCUGCAUCUGCAUGGACGGGGAGUGCCAGAACAGCAAUGUGAUCCUCUUCUGCGACAUGUGCAACCUGGCCGUGCACCAGGAGUGCUACGGGGUGCCCUACAUCCCCGAGGGCCAGUGGCUCUGCCGCCACUGCCUGCAGUCCCGGGCCCGGCCUGCCGACUGUGUGCUGUGUCCCAACAAGGGUGGUGCCUUCAAAAAGACAGAUGACGACCGCUGGGGUCACGUGGUGUGUGCCCUGUGGAUCCCAGAGGUCGGCUUUGCCAACACGGUGUUCAUCGAGCCCAUUGACGGGGUGAGGAACAUUCCCCCAGCCCGGUGGAAACUGACAUGCUACCUCUGUAAGCAGAAGGGCGUGGGUGCCUGCAUCCAGUGCCACAAAGCAAACUGCUACACAGCAUUCCAUGUGACGUGUGCCCAGAAGGCUGGCCUGUACAUGAAAAUGGAGCCCGUGAAGGAACUGACUGGUGGUGGCACCACCUUCUCCGUCAGAAAGACCGCUUACUGUGAUGUCCACACACCUCCAGGCUGCACCCGGAGGCCUCUGAAUAUUUACGGGGAUGUCGAAAUGAAAAAUGGCGUCUGUCGAAAAGACAGCUCGGUCAAAACUGUCAGGUCCACGUCCAAGGUCAGGAAGAAGGCAAAAAAGGCUAAGAAGGCUCUGGCUGAGCCCUGUGCGGUCCUGCCAACCGUGUGCGCUCCUUAUAUACCCCCGCAGAGGUUAAAUAGGAUUGCGAAUCAGGUGGCCAUUCAGCGGAAGAAGCAGUUUGUGGAGCGAGCCCACAGCUACUGGCUGCUCAAGCGGCUGUCCAGGAACGGUGCCCCUCUGCUGCGGCGGCUCCAGUCCAGCCUGCAGUCUCAGCGAAGCUCACAGCAGAGAGAAAACGAUGAGGAGAUGAAGGCUGCCAAAGAGAAGCUAAAGUACUGGCAGCGGCUGCGGCACGACCUGGAGCGCGCCCGCCUGCUGAUUGAGCUGCUGCGCAAGCGGGAGAAGCUCAAGCGUGAGCAGGUGAAGGUGGAGCAGGUUGCCAUGGAGCUGCGUCUGACCCCGCUGACGGUGCUGCUGCGUUCAGUGCUGGACCAGCUGCAGGACAAGGACCCCGCCAGGAUAUUUGCGCAGCCCGUGAGUCUGAAGGAGGUACCAGAUUAUUUGGAUCACAUUAAACAGCCCAUGGACUUUGCCACGAUGAGGAAACGGUUAGAAGCUCAAGGGUAUAAAAACCUCCAUGAGUUUGAGGAGGAUUUUGAUCUCAUUAUAGAUAACUGCAUGAAGUACAAUGCCAGGGACACCGUGUUCUAUAGAGCCGCGGUGAGGCUGCGUGAUCAGGGAGGUGUUGUUCUGAGGCAAGCACGACGCGAGGUGGACAGCAUCGGCUUGGAAGAGGCCUCGGGGAUGCACCUGGCUGAGCGGCCCGCUGCGGCGCCGCGGCGGCCUUUCUCCUGGGAAGACGUGGACAGGUUGCUGGACCCCGCCAACAGAGCCCACCUGGGCCUGGAGGAGCAGCUGAGAGAGUUGCUGGACAUGCUUGACCUCACCUGCGCUAUGAAGUCCAGUGGCUCCCGGAGCAAGCGGGCAAAGCUGCUCAAAAAGGAAAUUGCCCUUCUCCGAAACAAGCUGAGCCAGCAGCACAGCCAGCCCCCGCCCACGGGGCCAGGCUCGGAAGGCUGUGACGAGGAUGGAGCUCCGCUGGGGCUGGAGGCGGGCGAGGAAGGAGAUAACUCUCCCCCUAAACUUGAACCAUCAGAUGCAUUACCUCUUCCUUCAAACUCGGAGACUAAUUCAGAACCACCAACCCUCAAACCAGUAGAACUCAACCCAGAGCAGAGUAAACUUUUCAAAAGAGUCACAUUUGAUAAUGAAUCACAUAGCGCUUGCACUCAGAGCGCACUGGUAAGCGGACGCCCUCCAGAGCCCACCCGCGCCAGUAGUGGCGAUGUGCCGGCGGCGGCGGCCUCCGCGGUGGCGGAGCCAGCAAGCGAUGUAAACAGACGCACUUCUGUUCUCUUCUGCAAAUCGAAAAGUGUAAGCCCCCCAAAGUCUGCCAAGAACACUGAAACCCAGCCAACUUCUCCUCAGCUAGGGACCAAAACCUUUUUGUCUGUAGUCCUUCCGAGGUUGGAGACUCUUCUGCAGCCAAGGAAAAGGUCGCGGAGCACAUGCGGAGACUCCGAGGUGGAGGAGGAGUCCCCAGGAAAGCGCCUGGAUGCAGGUCUCACCAACGGCUUUGGGGGUACGAGGAGUGAACAGGAGCCAGGCGGCGGCCUGGGGAGGAAAGCCACACCCCGACGACGCUGCGCCUCCGAGUCCAGCAUCUCCUCCAGCAACAGCCCGCUCUGCGACUCGAGCUUUAGUGCGCCCAAAUGUGGGCGGGGCAAACCGGCUCUUGUGCGAAGGCACACGCUGGAGGACCGCAGUGAGCUGAUCUCCUGCAUCGAGAACGGGAACUACGCCAAGGCGGCCAGGAUCGCAGCCGAAGUUGGCCAGAACAGCAUGUGGAUCUCCACUGAUGCUGCCGCCUCAGUGCUGGAGCCCCUGAAGGUGGUGUGGGCCAAGUGCAGCGGCUACCCCUCCUACCCGGCCCUGAUCAUUGACCCCAAGAUGCCGCGUGUGCCUGGCCACCACAAUGGCGUCACCAUCCCGGCCCCACCCCUAGACGUGCUGAAGAUUGGGGAGCACAUGCAGACCAAGUCUGACGAGAAGCUGUUCCUCGUUCUCUUUUUUGAUAAUAAGAGAAGUUGGCAGUGGCUUCCUAAGUCCAAAAUGGUUCCCCUUGGUAUUGACGAAACUAUAGACAAGUUAAAGAUGAUGGAAGGGAGGAACUCCAGCAUCCGGAAGGCCGUGCGGAUCGCUUUUGACCGCGCUAUGAACCACCUGAGCCGCGUCCACGGGGAGCCGACCAGCGACCUCAGUGACAUUGACUGACGGCCCGGCUGCCAGCGCGGGUCUUGUCCAUAGUGUUGAUAAGCUGUACAUGUUUGUAUAUUGUUCAGAACUUAACUUAUUCUGAUUUUUAGUUGUAGCUCUUUAAUUCUUUUUCCCCAGGGAGGGGGGAGUUUUAUUUCCAAGUUUUCUAGGAACCCAUCUCCGUCUGGGCGCUGUGAGUGGGGUGGGCGCGUCCGGGCAGCACAGUGCGUCUGUCACACGACCCCGGGCCGUGCUGCUGGCGUCACUUUCUUUGACAUGUAGCUUUUUCUUAAAGACUUUUGAAUGUUUAAUAAUUUUGUAAAUCAUCCUCUUUACACAGAGUACCACUUAUUUAAUAAGACGGGAUGUAAAUUUACAAUGACAAAUGUGUAUUUUAAGAGAGAAAAGGACAUUAUUUUGAAUGGUACUUUGUGGAAAGGGGGAGAAUAAAGUUGUGCUGUGUACAUCACUUGCAGAUCACCAAAAACACCCCGCGCCCGUCGUCCCGCCCGCCUCAACCCGCAGGUGUGCCUCCCAGCGGAUUAUUUAUUGUAGAAAGUGUAUUCAUUUGCUUUAUAAUGAAAAAUACAUUUGCAAAGGUAUAUUGAUAUGCAUUUUUAUACAGGCACAUAAAAAUUCAACUCGGCUUGGGAGCAGAAUGCAUUGCAUUGUAUAAAUGACUCUGGCCUGUGUGUACUUUGAUUUUAUAACUUGUAAUCUUUUGUUUACAAUGAGGGGCUUUCUGUAACUUGUUUUAAUUUAGAACACUUUGGUAGCAAUAGAAACUUUGGAUACAUUUUUGUAUGGUACAUGUGAUGUAUAUAGAAUUAGUACUUUAUUUUUAUUUUUAAGAGGUAAAGCAUUAUGUUGGGGAAAGUAGGGUGGGUUUCCAAAUUUGCAUUUUUUAUAUUAAAAAUAAAGUCAAGAUUUGGA